AUGAGAAUUUACAACCUGAUUGAAACAUGCAGUGAUUAUGAGACUGAACCUGAAAGCAAACAGAAGUCCUUCUCAGCCAGCAAUCUUCUGAGAGGGAACUGGAUAACAGUUCUGCAGUUCUGGUUCCUGACGGUCCUCCUGUCUCUGGUGGGCUCGAGGGUUUCCUCUCUGAUAGUGCUGGAGUUUUCUCUCAGAGCUGUUUCUGCCUGGGCAUCAGCAGGACUGGAUGCUAAAGGCAGAGGCCUAGACCUGCUCCUGACCCAGUGCCAGUUUUCCCUGGGAUGUGGCCUCACCUGUACUCUGGACUUCCUCCAUCAGGGGGCUCCACACAGCUCCUUCAGCUUGUUUCUGGCAGCUGCUCUCAGCUGGGCACUGGCCAGUGCCAGCCACAGUGUGUGGAGCCAUGUGGCCAAACUCUACCCACUACAUAGUAGAGAGCGUUACUGUGGGAAGUGCAUCACCCUCCUGGCCACCGGACACACCAUACUGGCUUCAGUUCAAAGAGCGGUUGUCUUGGCCUUUGCUCUAGCAACUGUGGCUUCCACCGCUACGGUUUAUGACCACUUCCUGUCACAGAAAGAUGCUCUGAAGUUUUGGACUCCAUUGACACUUUGCUACACCAUGUUGGUGGUCUACAUGCAAGAGGAUCAGCAGCGGCAGACCGGCAAGAAGGUCCUGCUGGACACUGUGGUACUGCGACUGGGAGGCUUACUGGUGCUCAUGUUGACAGUGGGCAACUGGUCUGAUGUCCUCCACGUCCUCAUCGCUUUCCUGGGUGAAGCAGUCUGUCUGCUGCCCUCUCAGGACCUGCUGAAAGCUGCGUUAAAGGUUUUCCACUCUGUGAUUUCACAAAUAUAUUCUGUGGUUCUCAUUUUUUGCAUUUACACUGCAAUUUCUACAACAUGGCUUUUUCUGAAUGUAUUAUAUCAAUGUGAAAAUUACAUUUUAUUUUAAUGCUUCACUUUUAGGAUGGAGAAGACACAAGCUUGAGAAAACAUGAACAGAGCUGCAGUCACAAAACAAAGGAACUGAGUGAAAAGAUCAUCAGAUGACAGUGAAUGGUGUACCGGAAA